UGGUUGUGCAACUUCUACUAAAAGCGCCUGUCCUACUUUCGCUGUGUAUAUAAGGCUACGCGUGUCUCUAGUCCGAAGCUCGUUGAGCUAAGGCAACACCAGUCGCCUCCCGCAAGCCCUGGUUGACACUAUGGACGUGUUGUCACUGUUACUGGCCGUGUUUAUGGUUCUCGCUUCUCUCCUACUACUGGGAUACAUCUACGCAACAUGGACUCACGGUAUGUUCCUGCAGAUGGGGAUCCCAGCACCUAAGCCCGGGUUACUGGGUAUCGUGAGCCGCUACAAGAAAGAGGGAAUGGGCGGUUGUGAUCAACGGCUCGUAAAGGAAUAUGGUCGCGUUGUGGGCGUGUUCCACGGCAGAAUCCCAUCCCUCGUCAUUUCAGACCCCGCCAUGAUUAAACAGAUUUGUGUGAAGGACUUCUCCAACUUUGUCAACAGAUCGACGUUCGGCCCGAUGCCCAAGAUCGUGAUGGACUGUAUCGCGGAGAUCUACGACGAACACUGGAAAUUCAUGCGAUGUGUUCUCAGUCCUACAUUCCGUACGUCUAAACUCAAACAGAUGAUGACGUUGAUUGAGAGAUGUUCCGACCUGAUGGUGAAAAACAUGGAUAUAGAAGCAAAGAAGAAGAAAAGCGUGGAUAUGAGACAUUUUAUGGGAUGCUACACCAUGGACGUCAUCGCCAACACCGGCUUCAGCAUCGACCUCGACAGUCAGUCCGACCCCGACAAUGUCUUCGUCACCUAUUGCCGGAAGGCUUUUAAACUGACCUUUCCCAUAAUCUUCCUGUUGACACUGUUGUUUCCCUUCACCAAGUCCAUCUUUGGGAAGAUUGACUUCCAGGUUUUGGAUUUCGACAAAGACAAGGCCAAGUUCCGUGAGGUGGUGAAACAGGUGAUCGAGGACAGGAAGGACAACCCGGACCCGCGCUACGGGGACAUGCUACAGGCGAUGUUGGACACCAACAAGGAGGGGGCAGAAAGAGACUCGGACGACGACUCCGAUGACGACACCGAAACAACACUUGACUUCAAGUACUACAAGAAGCGAGGUCUGACGAACUACGAGAUUUUCUGCAACUCUCACAUCUUCCUCCUCGCCGGCUUCGAGACGACCUCAAGAGCUCUGACCUUCACCGCCUACAACCUGGCAACGCACCCAGAGAUCCAGGAGAGGUUGUACCAGUCGAUAAUCAAGCAAUUAGGACAUAGCAAGCCCACGUACGCAGAGGUGAUGAAGUUGCAGUACCUGGAGAACGUGUUUAUGGAAACUCUGAGACUGUAUCCCCCGGCAACCAGGAACACCCGAGUUGCAGCCAAGAGUACCACCAUCAACGGCUACAACAUCCCCGCCGGCAUGCCUGUCAUCAUCCCCGUUUACGCAAUUCAGCAUGACCCUGAGUUCUGGGCCGAACCGGAAAAAUUCGACCCCGAUAGGUUCCUCCCCGAGAACAAGCAUGAGUUGCACGAGUACAUGUGGAUGCCGUUUGGCGUCGGGCCCCGGAACUGUAUGGGAAUGAGGCUGGCCUUGUUGGAGGCCAAGAUGGCGAUAGUGGCUUUGGUGCAGAACUUUCGGUUUGUUGUAACUCCGGAGACAAUAGCUCCGGAACAGCUACAAAAUGGACGCUUCAUUAGACCCGAAACUCGUGUUUUUGUCGGUGUUGAACGACGUGAAUAGAGCAGAGCACAGCUGGGAUCUUCAUCUGAUCUGCUAACCUGUCAAAGGAAAGGGCUGUGAUCGUAGAAGUAUUUUGACAUAUGGUUCUGUGGAUCACUUAUUAGAAAGUCACUUGAACAUCAUCAUUUUCUCUUUUCACCUUGUUCUUGCCAUAAAUGUAGCCAUCUAGAUAGAAGGGUGAUUGGAAAAUGUCAUGGGAAAAAGUCAUGGGAAAAAUAACUAUGAUAAAACAUCCUCUUCUCCAGUUAUAUACCUUGUUACCUUGUUUAUACUUAAUUAUAUAAAUACUAUUUCACUUUCAUCUUUAGUAAUAAAUGUUUUAAAACUGGA